CCUAACCUGCUGAUCAUGAAGUUAAUUGUUUGGGUAUAUUUAAACAGGAGAAAUAUCAUAUGUGCAGUCAGUAAAGAUCCUGAAGAAUCUUUCAAAAAGACUGUGGAGGUGGAUAUGCUUAUAGAUACUCUCAGGAAAGCAAGUGAUAGGGAACUGCCACAGCUAGUUGUGGAGAACGUUCUUGCUUUCAACGAGAGCUUUUGGAUAAGACUCGCAGCUAGAGUAGACACCUGCAAAUCUGACGAUGACAAAAAAGACUAUGAAGAGCUGGCAUUGACAGUAAUGAGCAUCGUGGAUCGUCUUGUUCACAAAACAAAUGAAAAGAUAGAAGCAUCUACAGACGUGCUCAAAGCAAUCUUAAAACCUGUGGUUGAUGAAGUGGAAGAAAUUUCUUGGCCUCUUAGGGAUCCUGAGGCUCUCAGUCUUAUGGAGAAAGAAAUAAAUCAAAGGGAGCAAGAAGGCCAACUUGAUGAAGGGUUCCUUGCAGAAGUCAAUGCACAGUUGCGGCAAGCUAAAAAGGAUGGGGAUAAGCCAGGACUUGAAGCUAUGUUACAAAAAGUUCUGCAAUUGUAUGCUUCCAGAGUGCUGUCAAAGCGGAGUUAUGCAAAAAAAGGAAAUGAAGUGUUAAAAGCUGAACAGUUUCUUGAGAACAUUAUCAAAGGUAUCUCUCAAUUGCCAGCUUCUUAAGAACUAACAUCAAGCAAUGCAUACUUGUCGAAUUGUGAGACCACCUCAUUUAUAAGCUUAAUACGUUGUCAGAGAUGGCACGCUUGUAUCUGCUUAAU